AUGGAGCGACCCAUUGGAAAAAAAAAGGCUAAGACGCUCAUGCAAAUCGCAGCCAAGGAGCAAGUUUGGAAGGAGGAAGUCGCAAGUGCUCAUGGUCAAAUUGCCUCUGAAUCGAAACGACUCAACGACAUCUUUAACAACGACUCUCAGUCGCUCAAGGCCAUCGCUCAGAAUAGCACCACUACAUCUCAGCUCGCAAUCAUGAACACACACCUCAAAGGCCUCGACGAUGAGCAAAAUGAAUAUUUCAAGCUCAAAAGGGCUGCAAUUCUCAAAUCACUCCGAGAGGAGGCUCGCUCCAGCUCCAAUUAA